AUGGAAUAUUCAGAAUUCACCUCCUACCCCGUGGUAGCCAGCACCGACUACUCGCCCACCAACGAAGCCUUCUCCUACCCCGAGGCAUUCGACAAAGCCUACAUCGCCGACUCAUACACCACGUCGCCCGACCACUCCCUCGCCAGCUUCUUUGACUGCGACUCCUACUUUGACCGACCCGUCUCCUCCGUCGAGGGCCCCGCACCAGGCGUCUUCGCCCCCAAGAACCCCGCUGUCUUCAACGCCACCUUGCCCGCCGCGACAUCCACACCAGCCCACCUCAACUCCUCCUACAGCUCAAGCUUCAACUCCGCCCCCUUCGGCCGGCUGGAGCAGUUCCCAUCGGGCUUCGCCUUCGACACCGCGAGCAACGCGUUUGAAUCAAGCGUGUCCCCAGUGACGGCGCACUCGCGGACCCCCUCCCUCUGCGGCGACGGACCCCACUACCAAGCACCCAGCUCGCCAGAGCUCUCGCCGCGCCCAACGCUAAAGCGCGAGCCUACCGACGAGGGCGUCGAGCUGGAAGAGGACCCGAUGCCGAAGCGCCCGCAGCGAAAGCGGGGCAGGCCGCGCCUGGACCGCAGCAACACCGACACGUCGUCAACCUCGUCAAAAUGCCACCGCACCAGCCGCCUGCCGCACAACCAGGUCGAGCGCAAGUACCGCGAGGGCCUGAACGCCGAGCUCGAGCGGCUGAGACGCACCGUCCCGACGCUGCCGCAGAGCGAGGAGGGCGGCGUCAUGGGCCAGCCGAAGCCCAGCAAAGCCAUGGUGCUCGCCGGCGCCAUCGACUACAUCAAAAAGAUUGAAAAAGAGCGCGACAUGUACCGCGAGGAGAACGACCGGUUACGCGGCUUCGCGCAGCAGAGCUGGAACAAGAAGCAGCAGCAGCGCGCCGACUCCGUUUCCGACUUCCUGGUGGACCCUUGA